UGUUAGAUCUCAGAAUAAAUUGUUGUUGAGGUACAAAAAUGGCCUCAAUUUCUUCAAGUCCUCGAAGUGUAGAAGAGAUCUUCAAAGAUUACAGUACUCGUCGUGUUGGGAUACUUCGUGCUUUAACUGAUGAUGUGGAUGAAUUCUAUAAUCUCUGUGAUCCAGAGAAGGAAAAUUUGUGUCUUUAUGGACAUCCAAAUGAAACUUGGGAAGUCAACCUUCCUGCGGAGGAAGUUCCACCUGAGCUGCCAGAGCCAGCACUUGGGAUAAAUUUUGCUAGGGAUGGAAUGAAUCGUAGAGAUUGGCUAUCCCUGGUUGCUGUUCACAGUGAUUGUUGGUUGCUUUCUGUGGCUUUCUAUUUUGGAGCUCGUCUUAAUCGAAACGAAAGGAAGCGUCUAUUCAGCUUGAUCAACGAGGUGCCGACUGUCUUUGAAGUUGUGACCGAAAGAAAACCUAUAAAAGAUAAGCCCAGUGCAGAUAGUGGGAGCAAAUCACGUGGUAGUAGCAUAAAGAGAUCUAGUGAUGGUCAGGUGAAAAGCACCCCAAAGCUGGAAGAUGAAAGUUACCAGGAGGAUGAAGAAGAACACGGUGAAACACUCUGUGGAAGCUGUGGUGGGAAUUACAGUGCUGAUGAGUUUUGGAUUGGCUGCGACAUCUGUGAGAAGUGGUACCAUGGCAAGUGUGUGAAGAUAACACCUGCUAAAGCUGAGAGUAUAAAGCAAUACAAAUGCCCGUCUUGUACCUUGAAGCGGAGCAGACAGUAGUCCUCUCAUGAAUCAGAGAAAGAGCAGCCAUAAUUCUAUUUCUGGCCAUUAACAGAAUAGUACAGCAAAUAUUACACCUGUAAUGGACAUGCUAUUGUAAUCUUUCUUUACCUAUAUAUGCUCAAAAAGAAGAUGAAGUUUCUCUUA